AUGCCUGCAGAAGACGAGUCCUCUCCCCUUCUCCCUCGACCUUCAUCCUCUUUGCAAACCCAAACAAUGGCAAGCAGUGCGAUUUUCUGGAAAGUUGCUGCCAUUUCUGGUGCGACCGCUGUCGGCUUCGGGGCCUUUGGAGCUCACGGUCUCAAGAAGCGGAUUGCAGACCCCGCGAAACUAGCGAGCUGGGGAACUGCUGCCCAGUACCAGUUGAUCCACUCUGUCGCGCUGCUCAUGGCUUCCGGCAAUCCAGUCGCCGCCUCACUCUUCACUGCCGGCAUGACAAUGUUCAGUGGAUCCAUCUACGCUUUGACGUUGAACCCUGAAAAGUUCAAGUUUCUGGGCCCGGUCACGCCAAUCGGCGGAGUCUGUCUCAUUGCUGGGUGGUUGGUGUUGGCUUUUGGCAAGAGGGGAAGUCCUCCCAGGUUCCCGAGAUUUUAG